AUCUAGCGCAGAAACACAGAAACGCACAACGCGUUUUCUCGCAGACGCGAAGCCCUAACCUUUCUGCUCGCGCUCCCAAACCUCCUCCGGCGAACCGUCGCCAUCCUCUCGCCCUCAGGAACGCUCCUCCUGUGAUCUCCCAGCGCAAAACCCAGCCGGCGACACCUCCGUCGGCGACCACCUCCUGUGAUCUCCCAGCGCAAAACCCAGCCGGCGACACCUCCGUCCGCGACGACCUCCUGUGAUCUCCCAGCGCAAAACCCAGCCGGCGACACCUCCGUCCGCGACGACCUCCUGCUCGCACCACGCAGGAAACGCACCACUGCCUCCUCCGAGCCAGUUCUCCUACUCCUCCGCAGAAAACGUAUCAGCCGACGAAAUCCACAUAGUUUCAACCUCUGUCGCCGUUAGGGCUAAAUUGCGGAUCAAAGUAAUUAUCAUGGAUGGUGAAUCUACUAGUUGUCGUCGUUUGAAUUUUGAAGGAAAUGAAGAUAGUUGGGAAGGUGACUUUGAUAUUAUUAAUGAAGGGUUGAACAUUGAAACAGAUUUGGAUAUACCACAACUGGGGCUAGAAUUUGAAACAGAAGAAGAUGCAUAUCAAUUUUAUUUGACAUAUGCUAAAAAGGUUGGAUUUGGCAUAAGGAGAGGUAAAACCCAUAUGGAUAAAUCGGGCAAAUUACUUGAUAGGGUUUUUUUUUGUUGUGCCCAAGGUAAAAGAGGAAAAGACAAACGAGAUCUUUAUAUCAAAGUAAGUCGUGAUGAAACAAGGUUUGGUUGUGAGGCUAAAAUGAAGAUUAGCAUUCGGAAAAAAACCAAAUUUACUGUGGUGCAAUUUGUUAAAGAGCAUAAUCAUUAUCUCUCAAGUCCAAAUAAAACACACCUCUAUAGAAGUCAUAGAAAUAUAUCUUCUUCUGCAGUGAUACAGAUUGAUAUGGCAAGUGAUGUGGGAAUCCCCCCAAAAGCAUCUCAUGAUCUUAUGGUGAGACAAGUAGGUAGGAGGGAGAAUCUAGGAUUUAUUCCAGAGGAUUACAAAAACUACUUGCGAUCCAAAAGAACAAUAAACAUGAGAGUUGGGGAUACAGGGGGUGUAUUGGAGUAUUUGCAGAAAAUGCAGUUUGAUGAUCCGAAUUUUUUUUAUGCUAUUCAAGUUGAUGAAGAUGAUUUGAUUACUAAUAUUUUUUGGUCUGAUGCUAAGAUGAGAGCUGAUUAUGUUAAUUUUGGAGAUGUUGUUUGCUUUGACACCACCUACAGAAAGAACAAUGAAGGUCGACCAAUUGCGUUGUUUGUAGGUGUUAAUCAUCAUAAACAAUCCAUACUUUUUGGUGCAACUUUAUUAUAUGAUGAAACCAGUUUAACUUUUGAGUGGUUGUUUGAUACAUUAACUAGAGCUAUGGGUGAGAAAAAACCAACUACUAUUCUUACAGAUCAAGAUGCAGCAAUGGCAAAAGCAUUAGCUUCUAGAUGGCCUGAAACACAUCAUCGUUUGUGCAUUUGGCACAUUUAUCAAAAUGCCGCCAUACAUUUGAGUCAAGUUUUUUCUCAGUUUAGAGACUUUGCUAAAGAUUUUGCCUCAUGUAUAUAUGAUUUUGAUGAAGAUGAAGAUUUUAUGUGAGCAUGGAACAUAAUGUUAGCAAAGUAUGCACUUGAAGAUAAUGAUUGGUUGAUGCGCAUGUACAAUAUCAAGGAAAAAUGGGCUUUGGUAUAUGGACGACAAAUGUUUUGUGCGGAUAUGACUACAACCCAAAGAAGUGAGAGCAUGAAUAGUAUUGUGAAAAAGUAUGUCACUUAUAAACACAAGUUUCUAGACUUCUUCAAUCACUUCCAAAGACUCCUUGAUGAUCGUCGAUAUGAAGAAUUAAAAGCUGAUUUCAGAUCAAAUACAACUGUUCCACAUUUAAUGUUUCCAAUUGAGAUUUUAAAGCAUGCUAGUGAAAUUUAUACUCCUGAGGCAUACAAGUGUUUUCAACAAGAGUGGUGUCUAUCUCAUAAUUCCAGUCUAGAGAUUGUUGAGGAUGUUGAUACAUUUACAAAAUAUAAAGUGACUCCUCACAAAAAGAGAAAUCAUCAUAUAGUUACACUUGAUAAGAACUGUGAAAAAAUUGAGUGCAGCUGUAGAAAAUUUGAAUUUGCUGGAAUUUUAUGUUCUCAUAUUCUGAAAAUAUUUACAUGGAAAAAUAUCAUGAAGAUCCCUAAUGAGUAUGUAUUGAAAAGGUGGACAAGAAAAGCAAAAAUUGGAUAUUUUGAAGUUAAUGAUUCAAUGGCCAAUAAUGCUAGUUUGGAUCCAAAAUUAAUUCAAAACAUGCGAUACAAAGAGUUGUGUGGGUUGAAUGUUCAAUUGGUUACCAAGGCAGCGGAAAGGGAGGACACUUACAAGUUUGUUAAAGAUGCUAUGUUGAGUUUGUGUAAGAUGGUGGAUGAUAAGUUACAAGAAAUGAAUCAAAUGUUCAACAAUCAAAUGUGAGCCAAGCUUCAUGGGAAUUUGAUUAUGGUGAAGGGAACUCUACUGGAGUGAAAGGGAUUAAAAUGAAGAAAAAAACGAUGUCAAGUAAGAGGUUGAAAGGUGGGUUAGAGAAGAUUUCAAGGAAAAGAAAAGCAGCGAGGAAAACAAACCAAGCUUCAACAAUUGUAAUGGUUUCUAUUCCAUAACUUCACAAAUUUUGUUUAUUUGGUAUUUUAUGUUGGUAAAUUUGAAUAACUUAAAACAUUGUUUUUUUUAUAACACAGGGUGCAGAUCAAACUAUUUCCAGCGUGGCCAGCGUACAAUAUGACCAGAUCAAUCAUCAAGUUAGUGUUUAUUUUACUUUUGUUAAUCUAAGAUAAUAUAUGUUAUAACUAUCUAAAAUUGUAUUUUAUUUUUUUGGUUUAGCCUGUAAAUUCUGUGCCAACAAUUGGUAGCUCUAUUGGUAGUUUCAAUAUGACUGAGCCACCAUUAUUGUCAUCACAAGUUUCUCAAGUAUAUAUACAUUUUAUUAACAA